CGGUGUCGCUGCGGGGCUGGAGCCGGGGCGGCCAUGGCGGUGUUCGUGACGCGGCGGAUCCCGGCCGAGGGGCUGAGGCUGCUGUCGCAGGCCAGCGGGUGCCGCGUCCAGCUAUGGGACUCGGAGGAGCCGGUGCCGCGGUCCGAGUUGCUGGCAGGGGUGGCGGGGAAGCAGGGGCUGCUCUGCCUGCUCACCGACCGCAUCGACCGCGAGGUGCUGGACGCCGCCGGGCCCAGCCUGAAGGUGAUCAGCACCAUGUCUGUCGGUUUUGACCACCUGGCCCUGGACGAGAUGAAGAAGCGAGGGAUCCGCGUGGGCUACACCCCUGACGUCCUGACUGAUGCCACCGCAGAGCUCUCGGUGGCUCUGCUCCUGGCUGCGUGCCGCCGGCUGCCUGAGGCAGUGGAGCAGGUGAAGAAUGGUGGCUGGACAACGUGGAAGCCCCUCUGGAUGUGUGGCUAUGGUCUGUCUGAUAGCACCGUGGGCAUCAUCGGUCUCGGCAGAAUAGGACAGGCAGUUGCCAGGCGCCUGAAGCCCUUCGGGGUCAGAAGGUUUCUGUACUCCGGCAGCCGCCCGAGGCCAGAGAGUGCCGCGGAGUUCGGCGCUGAGUACGUGCCCCUCACCAGGCUGGCUGAGGAGUCAGACUUCGUGGUGGUGACCUGCUCCCUGACCCCAGCCACCCAGGGCAUGUGCAACAGGGACUUCUUCAGCAGGAUGAAGAAGACCUCAGUCUUCAUCAACACGAGCAGGGGGGCCGUGGUGAACCAGGAGGACCUGCAUGAGGCUCUGGCCCAGGGGCAGAUUGCAGCUGCAGGCCUGGACGUCACCACGCCGGAGCCGCUGCCCACCAACCACCCCCUGCUGUCCCUCAAGAACUGCGUGAUCCUGCCACACAUCGGGAGUGCCACCUAUGCCACGAGGAACACCAUGGCGGUGCUGGCAGCCAGCAACCUGCUGGCUGGGCUGCGAGGGGAGCCCAUGCCCCAUGAGCUGGUGCUGUGAUGGCCACAACCCUGCCCCUGCAGGGCAGCAGGGCUUGCUGUUCCCUGGAGGUGCCAUGUAGACCGGUCCUGUGCCUCCUUGUCCUCUGUGCCAGCAGUGAGGGAGCUCUGAAGAAGCCUCACAGACCAGUCCUGUGCCUCACACCCC